ACCAAGCAGUCACACGACUGGAUUGCUCAGUCAUCCCCUUAAUAUUAGAGGGUGCAAGCGAAUCGAGAUUUGCAGAGGCAGCAGGACCGUCGCAGCCUCACAACGUAACCGAUCCUCUGCGAUCUAGCACAGCCGCGGCAGUCAUGGGGCUCCGUACUUUGCUCCUGCUAGCCUCUCUCGUGGCCAUUUGCUCGUCGUUGAUCAGAAUCCCAUUGAAGAAGUUCCCUUCCAUGCGCAGCAUCCAUGCUGAAUAUGGGAACAAUAUCCAAGACCUGACUGAGCUGGGGGAGGUGCUAAAGUACAAAUAUGGGGGUCCCGGUGCAGAAACUCCUACCCCAGAAGCUUUGAAGAACUACAUGGAUGCUCAGUAUUAUGGAGAGAUUGGCAUUGGGACACCACCACAGACAUUUACUGUAGUCUUUGACACUGGAUCAUCCAACCUCUGGGUGCCCUCAGUGCACUGUCACUUGUUGGACAUUGCUUGCUUGCUGCAUCACAAAUAUGAUUCCUCCAAAUCCAGCACAUACGUAAAAAAUGGAACUGACUUUGCCAUCCAUUAUGGUACUGGGAGCCUUUCAGGAUAUCUCAGCCAAGAUACUGUAACGUUGGGCGACUUGAAAGUUAAGAAUCAACUAUUUGGUGAAGCUACCCGCCAACCUGGGAUCACGUUCAUUGCUGCUAAGUUUGAUGGCAUCCUGGGCAUGGCUUUCCCCAAGAUCUCAGUGAAGAAGGCAAAACCUUUCUUUGACAGUGUGAUGGAUCAAAAAAUGCUGGAAAAGAACAUAUUCUCUUUUUAUCUCAACAGGGACCCCAAAGGAGAAACUGGAGGAGAACUGCUUCUAGGAGGAACAGAUCCCCAAUAUUAUACUGGAGACUUCAACUAUGUGAAUGUCACUCGCAAAGCUUACUGGCAGGUCCACAUGGAUAAAGUUGAUGUUGACAAUGGCCUGACUGUAUGCAAAGAUGGCUGUGAAGCUAUUGUAGACACUGGAACCUCCCUCAUUACUGGGCCAGCUAAGGAAAUUGUGGAGCUAAACAAAGCUAUUGGUGCCAAGCCAGUAAUUAAAGGACAGUAUAUGCUUCCUUGUGAAAAGCUGGCUACCCUUCCCACUGUGCAAUUUGUCCUAGGUGGCAAGUCAUAUGCCCUAACUGCAGAUCAAUAUGCCCUAAAGGUUACUGUUCAAGGGGAGACUCUUUGCCUGAGUGGAUUUUCAGGCUUGGAUGUCCCACCACCUGGUGGCCCUCUUUGGAUCCUUGGAGAUGUAUUCAUUGGCCAAUAUUAUACUGUGUUUGACCGCGAUAAUGACUCAGUUGGCUUUUCAAAGUGUACUGGAAAAGUAUAAAAGCUACUGAAUUCUGCCUCCCACAUUCUCUACAGAAGACACACACAGGCAUCCCCCCCCCCCCCAUAAACUCACUGGAGUUCUGUAUCAUGAAUUAUUCAUAUUAAGUAGAAAAAUAAAGAAAAAGGACACAUUUCAAAAUCUACAUUUUAAAAUUAUAUGGCAAAAGACUGCUACUGACCUUUUAACAAUCAGUUUCUCUCUCCUGCAUAACAGACUAUAGAGAAGUUGUAGUAAAAUCACUGUUAUUCUAAGGAGCUUAACAAUUGAUGGUUCCUCUUCUAGCAUCAAUCUACUGAAAAGCUGCCCCUCUAUAUGUCUGAGAAUGAAGGCUUACAAAUACCUCCUAUCCCAAUACAGUUUGCCAUUGUCUUCCUGUCCUUUUGUAAGAUUUUCUAAUUUUUUUCCUAAUUUACUGUCUUUUUGUUUAAAAAAGAAAAGAAAAUAUUCUUUGAAUAAGUUUCAGAGGUUAUUCCAGCAAAGUGCUAGAUUGCCGGCAUAUUUGCCAUUGUUUAAUUGUCCCAAAUGUGCAAUUUUAAAGACGAGGAAACAUUUUGUCCAUAUUAAUUGUUUCAUGAAGGUGUGAAAUAUAGCAAAAUGUUCCUGAUUUGCAAAUUUUACAAAACUGUCCACCAUUGUCGGGGGAAGGGACAGUGGCAGACUGUACCCUACAGAGAAUCCUCAGGAAGUAAUAAUAGUAGGGAAGACCCUUCUAUAGGAUGUGACUGGGUUCUCCAGCAAUAAUUUGUAUUUUGGCUUGACUAUGGCCAUUUGUGCGAUACUAUUUUCUAGUGCAGCUGUCUUCUCCUUUAGAUCUGUGCAAAACCUUUGUACUUCCCAUUUUUCUUCAAAAAUACAAAAAAGUGACUGUGGUUUUUUCCACCUAAAAUUAUUUCAAGCAGUGAUACUUGUGAGAUCUGGUGGAUCAAAGUAGUUGUAGAGAAACAUCAAAAUUCCAAUGUUUCUCUUAAUAAGACCUCUUUUUGUCAUUACUUAAAAAGUCUUUCCUCCUAUAUGUGUCCUCCCAAUUUUAUUGUGCAAAGAAAAGUUCUUGUAGAUGACACUCUAAAAAAUGUACUCUGCUCUGACAAAUUUGGUUGAGGAACCAAACCACCUUAGCUGCUUUACACAAGCAAACUCUUGCCAUCUUAACAGAAGCUGUACAGCAUCUGUUUGCAGGGACGGUCUCUGUGUUGGUCUCUGCUUUUGACUUGGCAAGCAAAACACAAGAGAUAGCCAUUUAGGGCAGGGAGGGAGAACUGCUAGGAUAUUAGUUAAAGCUAAAUUAUUUGGAAUUUGUUAAUGUUACCUUGAUGUAUAAGAAGACUUUUAGUACCUGUGAGGUUCAUUCAGCAGGUUCCGUUAUUCUUUGGAUUCAUUUCUAAGUUUGCAAGGCAGCAUGAAUAAGAGAAAUCACGAAACAGGAGAGUAAAAUGAACAAAAGACUGCUUGUAAUGGAAAGCCAAGAGUGUUUCACUGAAGAUGCUCUCUUGAACUGGAUGAGAAUCUGGCAUAUGCUGAGCAGUACAACAGAAAAGCUUGUAAAUUUGAGGGAUUGGAAGACCUUUCGAGAACUUGAGUGAUUGUUUAUGGAUAUGGGAGACCUUUUUUUCCAUACUGGGUUGAGUACUUUGAAUACUAGUUUAAUCAGUAAGAUGUCUCCCUAGAAGGCCAUAUAGAAGAUGGGAGGGUGGUUGGUAGGGUUAUUUGAGUUUGCUAAUAAGUCUUUAAUAUUCAAAUCAAGACGCAUUAUAAAUAUGUAUAUCAUAUUCACAUGGGCAUUUAUUAAAUAUUGUGUGUUCUGAAUUGCCCUUGGCGAUAAAUGGACUUCUCUAAACUAUCUGCUUAGUGCCUAUUGCUCUUCAACCCUGAAUUAGUAGCUCAAAGUUGUUUCAAGCAUCUUACUGCAAGAUAUCAAAUGCAAAUGUUCACCCUUAUUUCAAAUUGUUCAAAGCUCUUAAAAAGAGUAGCUAUCAAUAAAAUGUCUAAAAUAAUGUAUUUUUAAUGGAGACCAUUCAUAUGAGGAGAAGAGUUUAUUCUGGGACCGAAUGCAACCUUUGUUUGACAGACAGAUUUUUGGCUGGUAAUACUAGUCAUUGUAGCCUGUUGAUUGCAACUGUUAAGACCAGUCUAGCCCCUCUCUCUCUGCAAGGCCUCUUCUAUGGGAAGAUGAAGUUGGGGAUGAUGUGAAUGGAGCCACUGGAUGUGUAGUUUGCCACCAUCUUAUCUGUUGUUCUACUUACUGUUCCUAAACCUGUGAAAUGCCAUUGUGACUCUCCAGUUCUAUAACAUGAUGUCUGAGCUAUACUCUCAAUUUGUCAUAAAAAACAAAAAUGAAAAAAUUCUACCCCAA